AACGCAAACGCAUCAUCAUUUUUUUUUUUCCUUUAAAAAAAAAAAAGCCUUUUUGUAUAUAAAAGGGUCCCUAAAUUCCCGUUUUAUGAAACGGACUUAAUAAGCCGCGUACGGCGUAUCCGGCAAAUCGGCCCAGCUCAACCUACGGAGGAGAUCUCUCUCUCUCUCUCUCUCUCUCUCCACAUCGCAACAAGCCAACAACGCUGCUGGAGAGAUUUUGGGGUUGUCGACGGAGCUGGAAUCAGCUUUUUCUUCUCCAGAUUUCUUACCGAUUCUCACCGGUUGGUAUUAUUAAGCAAUGGUUCUUGAUGGGCUUGUAUCUUCACCAUUAAGGAGACAACAGUGUCUAAAGAAGCAAUGGGAUGAGUUGGGUAGCUGGUCGACUCUUAUUCAGAGGCAUCAAUAUCUCUUAACAGCAUUGGCUCUUUUGGCAUUCCUCUGUACUGUUUAUCUUUACUUUGCGGUUACUUUAGGUGCCAGCCACUCGUCUUGCUAUGGCUUGACCGGGAAAGACAAGGCAAUGUGUCAAUUACAACAUGUUCAAGCUAUCUCCAAAGGGAAACUUAAAUUCUUCUAGAGUGUUAUCUGUGAAAGCUGAAACCCAAUUUAUUGUUCUUGUAUUAAAACAUUCUUUUUCUUCUUGAUUCUAUAAUGCAGUUUGUGUGUACUUACUACA